UCCAAAGCUAUUCUCUCUUUGAGACACCCUUUAAGAAACUUGGGCGAUCUACUGCUUGAUUCUGAUUGCAUUAAUAAUGACUGAACAAGGCUGAAAACUACUAUGCUAAGAAUAGGUUAAGGUGCGGCUGACGCGACGAGCCGUGUCUUUAAUCUAGCUCCAGCCGCCCAAAACCCUUUGUUCCUGGAUUCCCCUCACCUGAGAAGAGUGAUAUAUCGAGUACAGGAAUCACAGAUCAUGUCACAGUAUGGAUCGAAUGCCCCACCGGGCACCUACGUACCGCCAGGCCAAGGCACUCCAAAUCAGGGCCAACAGCAACAUGGCUUCCAGCAAUCGCAUAAGCCCGGCGGCGCAUUCGGGCAGAUGAUGAACCAGGCUGUUACAACAGGAAAGCCCAUGUUCGACAAACUCUCCAAGACAAUCACCUCAAAGCUUGGCAACAAACCGUCUACAGGACUGGCCCAGCAUCAGCAGAGCUACCCAAACUAUCAAAAUCAACUUGCACAACCAAGUCAGAACCCAGGUUACCAGCAACAGGGCCAGGCGUUCAGCCCUCAACCGCAACAGCAGCCGUGGCAGCAGCCACAAGUGCCGGGCACGUAUCCUCCAUCACAGCAACAGUCCCCGUACCAGCACUCAAACUAUGCAACUCCAGUAUCCGGUUAUUCGGGACAGAGCAACUAUUUUCCGCCGCAGAUGCCUCAGUCGCCGUAUCCACAGGUGUCUCAGACACCACAGCAACCUCCCAACCCGACAGGGUACGGGUUGGCCCAGCCUGUGCAGGCAGGGAACAGCGGAUUGUAUGCUCAGACGCAAGCGCAGCAGGGACAGUACGGGCAGGGUCAGCCUCAGGGCCAGUAUCAGAAUCAGCUGCUGCAGAGUGGCUCUGAUGGACAGCAGACAGGUGUGAUAGGAGGCUCGCAGGCUCCGGGUCCGCCUCAAUACGUGCAGUCGGCCCACGUUCCAGAUGGCUCUCCAGCGAUUCCAGCUCAGUCAAAACCGCAGUCUCCGUAUGGCUAUCCGCCUCAGCCUCCUCCACAGCAGACUUCACAACCAGUGCAGCCGCAAUUUGGCCACCCUCAUCCGGGUCAUGAGCAGACUCCUCCAACUGCUCCUCAACAGCAGUCUCCUCACCCAACGGCAUCUCCGCAACCAAACCAUCCAGUACCAUCUACUUCGGUAAAACAGGAACCCCAACAACAAGAACACUGGAACCCUACGCCUCCGUUGAGCUUCCAGGGUCAACAACUGGAUCAGUUUCGCCCUACAUCUGUCAGCCCACCCCCUCCACUGCACAUCAAAUCCAAGCCUCAGUCACCAUUAGCCGCAUCUCCUCAGCAGCCUCAACCCCCGAGACCCGCAUCGCAGCAUUCGGCCUCACAGCCAUCGAUAUCUGAGUUCAUUGCGGAGUUGCCCGCUGACAUGGGCGAAUUGAGCCUCAUGAAAACCAACCCUCACGGAUCAAGUGCAUCUGGACAAGCCAUGCCAUAUCAGGCCUUCCAGCCUUCUUCGGCGCAUGCUGGAUCGCCAUCGCCUAGACAUUCGAUCCCUCGAAGGGCUGUCAGCAUAACCAACGUUCCUUUCGCCGAUCCGUGGAGAUUCGCCGAUCCGGUCACUGAACUCCCAACGCGCGAGUUUUACGCCUUGGCAGACUUGGUAUUCGAAACGCUCGACAGGAAGUUCGAGCCGCGGAACACGGGUAUGCUGGAAGCUCCGAAGGUGUUGGGGAGUUGGGUAGAAUUGACGGACGAUGCUUCUCGUCUCUACACUUACAAAUCAUACAGUGCGUUCGCCAAAAUGUGGACUCUGGAGGGAAUACCGCAUUUCAUGGUGCCCUGCCAACCCGCCUUGAACCCACUCUGGACCUACAACCAACACACGCACGCGCAGGAUCUCAAGCUAACCACAGAAAUAUCGUCGCCAUCAACAACCUACCCAUCGUACAUGCCGGCUCUCAAUCGCGCAGGCUGGUACAAGUUUUUCUUCCUCGAGAUCAUGCAUGAGCCCGACAGUAUCGACAAGCUGCUGCAAACCCACUGCUCGGACUCGUAUAGGCCGGGUGUGCUGAACCACCCUGAUCUCGGCAAACGUGAGAAGACGGAGUCUCCGGCGCUCCAUGCGCGCGCGGGGGAAAUACAGACUACGGCUAUUAUGCGCGUCUGCAGUGAGACGAAGAAUGCGAUGAUGGCUGAUCCGGAUGCUCAUGCUCAAUCCUUUGGGUUUGGCAGUCGGUAGCAGAUCGAUGUAGUUUCAGUCUGUCGAAGACACUACGAUGAGAUUGUAAGCACUUCAGAUGGAGUCUCGAUCUAGCGUCAUAGUUGUUAAGAUGGUAGAUGGUAUUAGGAGAUAAGACGAGUCUGGACCUGAGAAUGGGUUUGGUGUAGGAGAAGCAAGUUUUGUCUGACGCUCUUGUGCCAAUACCAUCCUAUUGGACCGUG